AUGAAAAACUUUUUCAAUUUUCUAUUUUUAUCAAUAUUUAUUAUUAAAAUUCAGAAUAUUUGUGCUAUUACAACAAAUGAAAUAAUAAAAAAUAAAAGAAUUAACUUUCUGAAUGAAGCAAGAAAUAUUAUUAACCAAUCAAAUUUAGUAGAUCAAAAUGAAAAGAUUAUGGAUGAUUCUUUAAGAACAUAUAAAUAUUAUAUGUUAAAAGAUAAAACUGAAAUUAGGGCAAUUUUUAUUUUUGACGAUUUAAAUAUAAACAAAGCUAAAAAAUUAGGUAUAUAUGAUCAAAAACAUAAAAUAGAUAUUUUAGAUAUACAAAAUAGAGUACAUAAUUUGUUUCCUUUAGAUGGAAUUAGUUCAUUAACUGAUGUUUUAUAUAAAGAACGACAAACAUUUUCAUUUAAUACGGAUUAUGCAAUUACAAAUUAUGUUUUUAGUAGAUUUGUAUUUAAUAUCAAUGUUCAUGAAAAAAAUGAUGAGGAAAUUAUGUCUCUUUUAUUAGAUAAUGAAUUAAUUAUGAAAAAAAAAAAUUUAAUAAUAAAAAAAAAUAAUAAUGGAUAUGAAGCAAAUGAUAGCAUAGAAAGAUAUACACAAAAUUCAAAUAAUUUAUUAAAAAAUCAUCCACAUUCCUUUUCACAGUUCAUUGGAGCAUUAUUGAAUAUUUCGUCUAUUGUUACCUCUAUUUCUGGAACAAUAUCAGCUAUAUCUUCUUUAUUUUCCAAUGAACCUAGUCCAUCUCCUCCCAAAUUUUUAGGUGAAGAAAAAGCUCCUCUCCUUACACAUGUAGAAAGAAAAACAAUUUUAAAUAAAUCAGAAAACAAAUCACAUCAUUCAUAUAGAAAAAACAAUAAAGAAUAUGAAGAUGAAUAUGAGGAUGAAGACGAAUAUGAAGAAGAAUAUGAAGACGAAUAUGAGGAUGAGGAUGAGGACGAAUAUGAUUAUUAUUAA